AUGCACAUUCGCUUGUUUCUAUUGCUUGUGUUCGUUCAGCACGCAGCCUCUAUGGUGCUUCCACUGUUAGGUAGGUUCAACCUUGACUCUCUUUUCCAGGACGACGUUUUUCAUUCCAAAAGACCAGAACAUGGAAGUCCCAGAAACGACCCAGCACCUUUAUUCAGGGUAAAUAACGCUGUUAGUAACAGGUACAUUGUCGUUUACAACGAUGAGGUUACUGAGGAAGAUGUGAACUCCCAUAAUACCUGGAUAUCGUCUGUUUCUGCCAAAAGAGACUUGGAAUCCGACCAGGAUGACGACGAACGUAAACUUGAGUUCUUUGGAUUGCCCCAUUUCAGAGGAUACCUGGGCUGGUUCCCUGACAAUAUCUUACACACGAUUCAAAACAGCCCUCAGGUUAAGUACAUUGAAGAAGACGCUCAGGUGUAUGCCUACGAUACUUCUUACCAGACAGACGCUACAUGGGGUCUUUCACGUCUUUCAAAAAGAGGCUUGAACGCUACUUCUAGAGCAUACAUACACGAUGCUGAAGGAGGAAGUGGAGUUAUCGCUUAUGUGCUUGAUACUGGAGUAAGAGCUUGGGAUAGUGACUUUGAAGGAAGAGCCAAGUACGAUAAAGUAUUGGCGUUUCCCCGGAUUCCUGUGGAUAUGCAUGGCCAUGGAACACAUGUUGCUGGCACGGUUGGGUCUAAAACAUGGGGUGUAGCUAAACAGGUGAACAUUGUGGGAGUUGGUGUUUUGGGACCUUUUGGCGUUGGAAGAACCUCUGACAUUAUUAGAGGUAUUGAGUAUGCUGUCACAGAACAUCAAGAAAACGUCAGAAGAGAAACUAGAGGAUUCAGAGGCUCGGCUAUUAACUUGUCUAUUGGAGGAGGUGCUCUGGGUGCCAUGGAUGCUGCUGCAAACGCUGCUGUUGAUGCUGGUCUCCAUGUGGUAGUAGCAGCUGGAAACGACGAUGCUGAUGCCUGUGACUACUCACCAAGCAGAGCCAGCAAAGUGAUUACAGUUGGUGCUGUGGACGAUAACGACCAGAAAGCGAAUUUCUCUAACUACGGUAAAUGUGUUGAUAUCCAUGCUCCUGGCGUUGACAUUGAGUCUGUUGGUCUCUCCAGAAGCCCAGAAGUCAUGUCUGGGACUUCCAUGGCAGCUCCACAUAUCACUGGAUUGCUUGCUUACUUCUUGUCUAUGCGUCCAGGUCUAGGCUCUGAGUUUGGCGGUGAACUUGUGGGACCAGAAGAGAUGAAGAGAAGGCUUCUUAACUAUGGUACUAGAAAUGUGCUCAGAAAGCUUCGUCUGGAUACGGUUAACCUUAUGGCGUAUAAUGGAGCCACCCUGGCCUCUGGGUUCUGGGAAUAG